AAUCUAGUAGGUCAAAAAGGAGUUUCAUCAGCAUUCCUGUUUUUUGAAAAGUUCUGGAAGAAGGCAUCUCAUUUCAUUUUUCUUUUUAACUCAUGAAAGCACUUUACUUUAUAGGGAUUCUAAGGAAAGGCAAUGAGAUGAAAUUUUUUCUAGGAAUGGAAUUUUCUUCAGAAGAAAGAGAACUAGUGGUGGUCUCAUGAAUGAUUGACCUACUUUCCUUUUCUUCUUCUUCUUGUUUGAAAUAAAUGAACCAAGAAUUUAGUUUUUAAUGAGGUGUCACUACUCAUUUUGCCUUAUUAGAUCCCUACCACCAAAGAAGGGAAGUGCCAUAUCGUCAUGCUCAUGUCUCCAUAAUCUUCAUUUAUCAAGAAUGAAUGACAUGGUAACCCAUGCCUUGUCUCCUUUUCUAGUGAAUGGACUAGAUUGAUCAGAAUCUUCUUGUAAUUGGAAGUUUUGGUAAUGGUGAUGUGUUGUCUUGUGGGGUAUCCCCACAACUGAUGGCAUCCAGCCAUCCACAGUUAGACCAUUUUCCAAUGAAAUGAUUAGAGACUCUAGGGCUGCAAAAUUUUUAAGUUUAUAAAUAUAUAUGGGCUAGUAGUUGAGCUUAUAUGAAGUACAGCAAUUACAAUUUGCUUAUUUUAGUUAAAAAAAUUAAUUUGUCAAAUCUUUUCCUUUUGAUUUUUUUCUCUUUCCCAUUUUUCUAUUUCAAGAAUAGCUCGUCUUCAUCACUCAACCCAUGGGAAGAAAAAUGGGCAUAUGGGGCCUCAUCUUGUCUUCAAUAAUCUUUAUGUAUAUAGUGUUGUUGUUUGUUGAAGACUUCAAGUGUGGUGGCUUUGAGAUUUUUUUUACUAUGUUAGCAAUUGGCACAUUAAGCUUUGUGAUGCAACAAAUGGGUAAAAAAUUCAGAGUAAGGUUUGAUAUGUUAAAUAAUAAUUAGUGGAUUAUAUAAUGGGAGUUUAAUUUUUCUUUUAAACAAUUUUUAUCAUAAAAAUGAUAAAUAUAUAAUUAAUAAAUAGAGAGUCAAAUUUGUACUCAUAGAUUCAUAGAUUUAGUCUGACAGUAAAUACAUCUGAGUAAAUUUAAGUGUUCUACUCCUCAAUUCCGGAUCUCAAUUUCGAAAAAAAAAAAAGUCAAAUUUGGAACUUGUCAGGCACAGAUUGCCAUUGAUAAAGGUUUGCGUUAGAUCAAUUUGGUUGAUUUUUUAAAGAGUUGAAAGAAUUGCAGAAAUGGGCCAAUAACAAUGGGGAAGGUGCAAGCCUGAUACUAUUGCUAUGGGCCUAAUUAAGGAUGAAAUAGAACAUGCACUGCAGUCUGCUGAAGAGAAAUGUCUUUGAAUAACAGAACAAAAGCAGAAGCAGAAGUUGCUCAAACAGAGAAUUUUCUUUAGAGAUUUAUACGAAGAUACACUAACUAAACUAUUAAAACCCAAUCAACUGAGAUGAAAUUAAAAUGCUAGGACUUCAACCUCAGGUUUCUUCUUUCCAAGUCUUCUGUGAGGACUGAAUCGAUAGCCUGUGUCUCUUUUUUCUUGGUACCUUUAGAUUGGAUUGGAUGCUUAAUUUCCAACUUCCAAGUCAAAGUCGUCGAUUUUUUUUUUAAAAAAAAAAAACCUCGAAUGACUGGCAGGAAAAGCUGGCUGAAUCAGGUCAUAGAAAUUUGUUUCUUUUGCAGAAUGCAUAGAAAUUAACGGGCAGAAGACCAUCGAUAUGCUUUCCUUUGAAAUAAAUUUUCAUUAGCUAACAAAACUCAUGGCUCCUUUCUACUCCUUUUUCGCCGAGUUGCAGCUUUUGCUCAUCUUAUCUUUCGGAUACUUCCUACAAGCUCAAAUUCAAUAUCAUGCCACAACACAAGUACCUGCAAGGUGGACCAACAAUAACCUCUCCCUGCCAUCUCCCUUUAGUUCUGUUAGAAUAAUUCUCUUGAAUGAGAAACCAAAUGCUAAAACAACCAGAAGCCAAGGGACAUCAGUUGUUGAAUCCAUUGCUAGCUUUGCCUGUGGAUUCUAUUCCUACUAUGGGGAAAAUAAUCCCACUUAUUUUGCCAUUGCGUUAGCCAAGAUAUCAAAAAGUGAAAAUUCUGGACAAGAAAUUUUGUCUUUUGGCCGUUUGAUAUGGGUAGCGAACAGAAAUAAGCCAGUGGGAAAUAAUGCAACCUUGGAAUUACUUCAAGAUGGAGAUUUGGUCCUGAAAGAUGCAGAUGGAACCUUGAUUUGGUCUACUGGCACAUCUAACAUGUCUGUCGCAGGUAUGAAGAUGAUGGAAACUGGAAACCUUGUACUUUACAAUAACGAAAACAAGGUUGUUUGGGAGUCUUUUGAUUAUCCAACUGAUGCAUUACUACCUGGGCAGAAACUAAAGGCAGGCAGAAAGCUUGUGGCUAGCGUUUCAGGAAAUAAUUGGUCUGAGGGUAGCUUCUAUCUUUCAGUAACUUCUCAUGGUUUAUUUGCUUUCUACAACGCUGAUGUCCCCCAAUUGUACUUCAACUUCUCAGCUCCUGCCAUGGUAGAAAGCAUAGAGCUGAACUACAAUACAUCCAGUUCUAUUUCUCUAUCCUGGUCUAGCAACCCAAAUCCAGUGUUUACAAGCCCUCUUGAUCAUGCAAACAUGUCUUAUAUGAAAUUUGAACCUGAUGGGCAUCUCAUGAUUUAUGAUGAUAACAAAUACGAAUCGUUUGACGCCUUAUCAGAUGUUCUAGAUACAUGUGAUUACCCAACAGCCUGUGGUAAUUAUGGGCUCUGCUCAUAUGCAGGUUGCUCAUGUCCAAAAGGGUUUGCUCUGGAUAAUGUCACAGAUGCUCGAGGCAGAACAGGAUGCUUAGAGAUUAAUUCAACCACGUGCCUCAAUCUACAAUCUCAAUAUCUUCUCCCCUAUGAAAAUGUAUAUCAUUUCACUUAUAGUGACCCUGAUGCUGCAGUUCUUAAAGGAACAGACAUAGAGAACUGUAAGGAGGCAUGCUUGAAAAAUUGUUCAUGUAAGGUGGCUCUAUUUCAGUAUCUCAAUCUUUCCUAUGGGAAUUGUUUCUUUCCAUCACCAGUUCUUACACUUAUACGUGGUCGAACGCGAAGAUAUUACUAUCAGUCGGUUGCCUUCAUCAAAGUUUCAAAAGAAAGAGGGAGCAAAAGUGGUGGUUCUUCAUCCAUUCACAGUGAAAUAAUAGCAGGUUCAGUUAUUGGAACCUUCUUUCUGGUCGGCCUUAUAGCUGGCCUUUUCUGGUUUUUGGGUUUUAGAAAGAAAGAAGAUGAUGAGGAAAGUUUGGAGGAUUUCUUGGAUCAACUUUCAGAGAUGCCAAGGAGAUUCACUUAUAUGGAACUGAAAAUAGCAACUCAUGAUUUCCAGAAAAAGCUUGGAGAAGGAGGGUUUGGGUCAGUUUUUGAAGGAAAUCUGGAGAAUGGAGAGCAAGUUGCAGUGAAGCGUCUUGAAUUUUUUGGCCAAGGGAAGAAGGAAUUCUUAGCUGAGGUCAAGACCAUAGGAGGCAUACACCACCUCAACCUAGUGAGGCUAAUUGGAUUUUGCGCAGAAAAAUUGCAUAGACUUCUAGUGUACGAGCACAUGUGCAAUGGGUCACUGGAAAAUUGGAUUUUCCAUGAGAAGCCACUGCAACCAUCUCUGGACUGGAAGGCUAGAAGAACAAUUAUCCUGGACAUAGCAAAAGGGCUGGCCUACCUUCAUGGAGAUUGUAAACAGAAAAUAGUGCACUUAGAUAUCAAGCCCCAAAAUAUCUUGUUGGAUGCAAACUUUCGUGGAAAGAUAUCUGACUUUGGCUUGUGUAAGUUGAUAGAGAAGGAUCAAAGCCAAGUGGCAACAACGAUACGAGGAACUCCUGGAUAUUUAGCUCCUGAAUGGUUUCUCUCUGUGAUAACAGAGAAGGUGGAUGUUUAUAGCUUUGGCAUUGUAGUCAUGGAAACAAUCUGUGGAAGAAAAAUCUUGGAUAGCUCGCUUCCUGAGGAGUGCGUGCACUUGCUCCCUAUUCUCAUGAAAAAGGUAGAGGAGGAUAGAUUAAUCAACAUGGUUGAUAAAAGCUGUCAAGAUAUGUGGCUGCAUAGAUCAGAAGCUGUGGAGUUGAUGAGGGUCGCAAUUUGGUGCCUGCAAAGUGAUUUUACCAGGAGGCCUUCUAUGGAAAUGGUGGUUAAGGUUUUAGAGGGUACAAUGGAUGUGGAAACUAAUGUAGACUGCAGCAUCCAAUGUCCAACAACGCUGGCAGCAUCAAGAGGACAGGCAGAGUUAGACACCUCAACUAUACCAGAGCCAGAAGUUCUAUCAGGACCCAGAUGAAGAACAAAGUCCUGCUGAGAAAUUUCAUGCUUUCAAUUUUCUUGUUUCACCUGUUUAGUUUAUGUAUGUCCUGUUUAUUAUGUUGUGUAAUAGUUCUUUAGUUCUUAUUCAAGUUGAACUGGAAUCAAUUGACCUAGUAUAUCAAGGGCUUUUUGUAAAA